AAUAAAAGAUAAUUUGUAAUUCCGAAUUGAAAUACGUCUUUCGGAUAUUGACAAGUAUUUUUGACGCGGUACCGAACAGCGCAAACCAUCGAUAGCCGUGCAAUUUCAAAGCUAAGUUUUUUUUCUACCAAGUAGCGCAGAGCCUUUCUUAUUUGGUAUGCCCAGCAUUGGCAUUCAAACCUACAAUUACUUAUUUGACGUCCGUCACGGGUGGUCACAGACCUCCUGAACCUGCUGUUCUGUCCUGUGGACCGCUGUGAAACUGUGUAUCAAUCCGCAGAGAUGUCCUUUUUUCUAUUCCGAGGAUCAGAAAUGCCAGGGCUAUGAUGAACAAAGUUGCUGUGCAUAAUUUUCAAUACAAAUACUCGGAUGUAUCGUAUUGAUUUAAUGAUUAUUGAAUCGUCAUAGCGAAUCUUUUCAGCAUCCCAAUGAGUAAUAGCUCAGGGCGAGAACAAAAUGGGAUCUACACCUGCUAGCGGAAAGCCGGAAAUGGUGAUGGCAGACACUGAAGUGAUUGAUUCAUCCGAUUAUGGCUGUGAGGUGGUAGUUCGUAUUGUUAUUUCUUUCAUUAUUUUGUUGUGUUUGUGUGAAACACUAUCUAAAACUAGUUUUGUGCUUCGUUCAGAAUGCGACCAAUUGUUAUUUUAUUUCCGGUGAGAAUAACUUCUGCAGGAAUUUCUAUAUUUAUAAUUAUAUCACAACUUCAUUCUUAAACUUCAAUCGCUAUGGGUUAUGUUUACACCUUUAUGAGUUCUCAUGAGACUUCCCGGAAAUAUGGUUGGGAGCGCGAUGAAACGGCGAAAGUGCGUGAUGUACUUAGUUGGCUAUAGGAUGAGUGAACGAGAGUGAAAAUGCUCUCAUUAUUGUACAUGAUUUCCUGUGCGUUACUGAAUCAAAGGAAGGUGAAGUAUCCAAAUAGUGCUCCCACGAUGAAUAACAAGUGCAUGGAUCACACAGCGGGUGAUGACAGUAGAAUAGAAUUUCUUUGAAGAAGAAAUAGUGGACGGAUCCUGGUAGCGUUUUUUGUAUAUUACACGAAUCGCAGCGUGGAAAUAUGACGAGAUAGUUAUAAAUAAACUGUGUUACAUUUAUUAUCUUAUUUCUGACGUACACCCACAACUUUUAUGUUUAUUUACGUGAAAUUUCUUGUUAAUAUAAGGUAUACUAAUGUACUAGUUACAAUUUUCGUAAAUGGUGAUCCAAAUUUUCAUUUUCCUUCUGCUUUUUUUGUAGGGCAUGUAUUUUUCUGGUUAAGAAUGGAACAUGUUCAUCUGAUUGAUUCAUUAAGAAUAAACAAAACCAUGAAUGUUCUGUGUGCUGUUAUGUGAGAUUUCUGGAAUCUGGGAUAAAUAGCAACACCUGUCAUCAUGGAUGAAUGGACUUUGAAUGACUUGCUUGAAUGCUCUGUUUGUUUGGAAAGAUUGGAUACUUCAAGUAAAGUUCUACCAUGUCAGCAUACAUUUUGUAAAAAGUGCCUGGAAGAGAUUGUUAGUACACACAAAGAAUUGCGAUGUCCAGAGUGUCGUGUUCUUGUGGAUGCUAAGAUUGAUGAACUGCCACCAAAUGUAUUGCUUAUGCGUAUCCUGGAGGGUAUGCGCAAUGCCGCUCCUAAGAAAAGAAGCCCAGGACCUAACAGGCUGCAGGGAGGCAGCGUGGCACCUGUUCCUUCUCAGCAAAUGCUGCCUCCCCCUCAGCAGCAGAUGACUCCUCUUGUUCAUCCAUGCCCUAAACAGAUCCAGCCUCCUCAGCCAUGUGCACGUGCCAUUUAUGAUUAUAUUGCCAAAGAACCAGGAGAUCUGAGUUUCAAAAAAGGAGACAUGAUCUUGCUUCGCAAAAAGAUAGACACAAAUUGGUACCAAGGGGAAACUGGUGGUCACUUUGGGGCAUUUCCACUCACUUAUGUUCAGGUUAUAACACCAUUACCGAAUCAAAUUCCUCAAUGUAAAGCACUGUAUGAUUUUCGCAUGACAAAUGAUGACGAUGAAGGAUGUUUAACUUUUAACAAGGGUGAAGUUAUCACUGUUCUUCGACGAAUUGAUGAAAAUUGGGCAGAGGGUCGAUUAGGAGAUCGCAUUGGGAUCUUUCCUCUUGCGUUUGUUGAACUAAAUAUAAUUGCUCGAGCUUUGAUGAAACUCUCCACCAACUCGCAGCCCGGCCCGUCGCGCCUGGCGCCACCCACGCCCACGUCUGAAGACACGACGCCCCUGAUCCCCACGGACCACAGCACGGGCCACCCGGUACUGGGCAUGGGGCCGGCGCUGGCGUCGCCACGUGCGGGGCAGCCUCAGCCGCCGCCCCCGCAACAACAACCGCUGCCUCAGCUGCAGGUGCCGACGCCCGCGUCGACGCCCUCUAUCACCAGCACCACGACGCCGCACACGCACACGCAGGCGCAGCAGCCGCCCGCGACCGCGCCCCCGCCGUCGUCCAUUGCCGCCACCGCCUCCGGCUCCCUCACGGGCUCCGAAUUCGAGCACGCGGCCCAGCUCGCCCCCGUCCCCGCCGCCGCGGCCCGCAGCCCCAUCCACCCCCAGCCGCAGCAGCAGCAGCAGCAACCGCCCUGCAGCAGCCGCCGCCCCCCCGCCCCCGCAGCAGCCGCCUCCGCAGCCGCUGCCGCAGCACCCGUCGCCCAAACGCACGCCGCGGGCGCAGCGGCCGCGGCCCGCCGCAAGCCGCAGCCGCCGCCGCGCGCCCCGUCGCCGCCGCACAGCAGCACCCGACAAGCGUCCACAGCUUUAGCGCGUUGCACUCGGCUCACCUGCCCGCCCCUUCGCCACCGCACUCCGCUGAAAUCCUCAGUCCCGGAGCGGCGCGGCCGGAGCGGGAACGGCCGCGGUGCGGGAGGCGCCGCCCGCGGCGGUGCGCCGCGGACGCCUGGGUCCGAGCACCACAGACGCGGCGGCGGCGGGUGCGUCGGGGCGGCGCGUGGGCGGCGCGGGCGGGCCAGGGCGCCGCGCAGCUCCACCGCUCCCGACCUCUGCUGCAGCGCCAAGCAGCAAGCGCAUCGGCGGACGGCCAGCGGCGGCGACAAGCUGGGCUCCGGCGUGACGGUCCCGCCUCCGCAGGGCGUGGGGUUGGGCUCGCCCGCCGCUGCCUCCUCCACCCAUCUUCCUGCCGCGUAUAUAGCUUUAUAUCCAUACAAACCUCAGAAAGCCGAUGAAUUGGAAUUGAAAAAGGGUGGUGUCUAUUUAGUGACAGAGCGAUGUGAAGAUGGUUGGUUCAAAGGUACAUCCAAUCGCACACAGAAAUGUGGAGUCUUCCCUGGCAACUAUGUCACUCCUGCAAAUACUUGGACUCCUCCAGCUCAACUAUCACAGUUACGUUUAACUCGUGUGUCUAUAACCAGUGCCCCUCCUACUUCUUCCACGGGUCCUGCUUCUCCAAGAGCAAGUGGUACCAGUGGUGCAACACCGCCUUUAGAGCCUCGGAUUUCUGCUUCAAAUUAUGCACGGGGAAAAUCUGGUUCAUCCACCACUCUAAUGCCAUAUAGCCCUCGACAACUAAAUGGGAUAGGCGGCCAACAGCAGCAGCAGCCUCCGCCUCCAGAGCUUCCUCCCCGUGCAGCGAGCCCCAGCCACAACGCUCUCACCGGAGUGUCCUCAUCAUGGCAUGGGCAGCCAGCAGGAGUGGUUGCAUCAAGUUCUGCAAGUGCUGUGCCUGAUGUAGCUGCUGUGGGCUCGCCUGCUCCCACGUCAGCUGCGCCACUAGGCCGUAGUCUGAGUGCAGUGCUUGGUCCGGGGCUUGCCAGUGCGAUUGCUGCUCCGCCCAAUACCAGCAUCUCAACUGUUUCUCCUGUGCCUAGAGAAAAGGGAAAGGAGAAGAAGGACAAGGCUGUGAGUUUGAUGCGUCGUCUGACGAGUAUUAAGAAGUCAAAAUCACCUCCGCCUGCUACAUAUUCAAUGGAUAAUCCUGUGUUUGAGGAUGGCACAGUGGCUGCAAGUCCUGUUCAUCCUUCUCAUCCUGUUCAUCCUGUGCAUGUGAGGUCGGGUUCCUGCCCCAGUCAGCUCCUCCAAGCUCUGCCACUAGACGCUAGCUCCGCACACCACCGCCUCUUUGGUUCCGGCUCCCAGAGACUGAAACACAAAGACCGCCCCAAUGUAGUGAUGGCUAACCUGGCUCACUUUGGAAGGACGGGAGAUCCAGGUCCAGUUGCUUGCAGUAGUGCUGCCAAUCACCGUAAAUCAAACUCCUUGGAUGCAGGAAGUGGGGAUAUAGUUAGAAAAGUCAGUAAACAAUUGGUUCCUCCAGUCCGAGAAAGAUUUCGCUGCAUUGUGCCAUAUCCACCAAUGAGUGAACAUGAGUUGGAAUUACGUGUAGGUGAUAUUAUUUAUGUGCAUAGAAAACGAGAUGAUGGUUGGUACAAGGGUACACAACAGCGUACUGGCCGCACUGGUCUAUUUCCAGCAAGUUUUGUUGAGAGUUUCUGAGAAUCCCCGCUCUGCAUGUUGGAAACAUGCAUAUGACCCCCAUUAUGGGGGUGUGGCCUUGUAUGGUCCAUCUCCUAGAGUUUAUAUUUUUAUAUCCUGGUGAUUUUCUACCUCCAUUAUUAGUCAGACAUUAUUUGAAACACAGCAGCACUGAGCUGGACUAUAUAUGUUGUGAUGAAACAUGGUAAAGUUUGGAUGGAGCUUGUUCAUUCAUGUGCCAAGUUUCCCUUAAUGAAUGUUGCUGGAGCUUCCAUUGCAUCCUAACGAUAUCUUGUCCCAGUGAGAAAGGUGCAACUUGAUUUAAUACUUCUGUAGAAUCUCAGCAGAUCCGUUUAUUGUAUAUACAUUGUCUUGUUUCUUUGUUUACUAGCUAAUGCAUGUUUUUUUAAACAUGGAGUAAAUUUCUUGACAGUUUACUCAAUCCCAAGGCUUGUUUAUCAUAUACUACGCGUCCUUCGCAAUUCCUACGUUUUGUCAUUUGAGUCAGCUUAGUAACUGAAUAUCGAAUUGGAUUUCUCUGUGGGCACUACCGAGACACAUGAAAUAGGAUUUGCAAUAACUUAUUGCUGUUUGUUGCUAGUUUAAUUCUUACUCUAGCUUGAAAUUAGAAAGUAAUUCAGAGGUGGACAGAUGAGUUGGCAUGUAGUACAUGCUAUUCAUGUGCAUAUUCAUUAAUAUGUUAGCACACUUGUUAGUCUAAUUUGCAUCUCCAGUUUAUACCUUACAGGAAAGGCAUCUCUUAUUUAUAUUUUCUUCUUACCUAAAGACACUGCCUAAAGCUUGUGCUUAAUUCUCAAAUGGGAAAUGUAUGAAAAGUGGAAAAGUGUGUGUGUGAAUCAGGAGUUACCUGCUGCUCACCAAAUCACAGGGGUUUGUUAUAAAUGUCAUUUUACUCCUGUGAAGCCUGUGAAUUGAACUUGUGAUUCUGUUCUAUGGAAUUGGGAACCUGUUGUCCUUAAAGUGCCAAAGACCCUGUAGGGUAUGUAGGUACAGACACAUCUUCCUGAACUCUUGAAAAUGUUUAUCUAUGAUCUGAUCUGUGUUGUGUUCCAUUGUCCUUUCGUAUCCAAGCUUUAGCUGAUGUUCAUAGAUUGACCAGCCUAUUAACAGGAACAGGUUUAUGACACUUUUUAGCAGAGUAAAACACAAAAUGAGAAGCCCCUGUAAAUGUACUAGAAGUAUGACCAGGAUACAUUUUUCUGUCUCUGUAUACUAAUGGUUUCCCACUAAUGUUCUUGUAGUUAUCAUUGAAUUGGCUGAUGCAAUUUCAUACUUACUCUGAACAUUUCUCUCUGCUGUAUGUAGACAUUGAAGCAGUCAUGUAUUGCUUGCUUCUUUGAAUUAAUGUGCUGUCUUUGGCAUCUAGGAACGCAAUAACAUCUUGUAAUAUUGUGUAAAUAACAAAAAUGAUUUUAGAUUGGUUUGUGAAAAAGAAAUAUAUGUAUAUUCCUUUGUAGCAUAUAUAUUUAUUUUGUGCGCUUUGCUGAGUACUUUGUUUUUCUCGUGGUGUGGUUGUAGAAAUUGGAUAAGAGGGAUCUAACAAAAAUUCUGCUUGUGUAAAUCCACCUCGUUUUUCUUUUUCAUUGUUUUUCAGUUGUUACAAAGUCACUCUUUGUAACAUGUUUAAUCUUUUAUACCUAGUGCAAUUAAUUUUGGUGAUGUGCUCAAAUUAAACUUAGAUAAUUUAAUGCACUGGGAAGAAUGCUUUUUAUUCUUGUAUUUGAUUCAAAUAUAGUUCAAUUUUUAUAGAUUUAUUCAGGGACUGCCAUCAUUUGAGGGGUUAGUUACCAUGAAGAGAUAAUUUAUUUUUCAUUAAUUGUUUAUCCGUUAUUUAUUUAUUUUAUAGAGUGCCAGUGAUAAGAAUCCUUCGAUACUGUCUUCAUUGUGUGCACAUAAAAAUGUAAUAUUUUUUGUGAUAUUAUUCUUAUUGCACUUGGAUCAUUGUUUCCUUUUACUCAAUAGGAAAGUUAUAUUUAUUGUAUAAGAAAGAGUAAGAUAAAAUUAGGUAUUACUCAUACCAUGUGACUUAUUUCACAUAAGGAAAUUAAUUGACAUUUUAUCUCGUGUCUGAUUCAGUGAUGCUCAUAGGAUCAAUUAAACAUAACCUAGCUAGUCAUGGUCUUUCUGAGUAAUGUUGCAAAGCACUGUAUGUUCAAAUAUCACAGUGAUGCCAUGCGAGUUUUGUAGUACCAUGGUGCUACUGCACAUUAAGUUAAAUUGAUCUAAUAUAAAGAACAUUCAAUGCGUUUAAAAUGAGAAGUUAAAUUUUCAAACUCUUAAUUUUCAUUUUGCAAUACCUAAUUCAUUAUCUUUUCACAUUCAUUAUUCUAGAAAGAAACAUGAAUUUGAGAUAUGAUCCUUGUUUCCGCAAAUUUUACCAAUUUGUUUGAAGUGGAUGCAAAGUAACUGCAGGCCAUUUAAUGCAAUUUCUUUAAUAGUUUUCAAUACUCUUUACAAUAUGUUCGUUCUUCACAAGAAAGUGAUUAAAUUUUCUAUAUUUCAGAAUGCAUGACUUAUUGAAUGCUCUGCAUUGACGGAUUGUGAUUAUUACCAAUUUCAUGUCAAUAUUUAUUAAUGCAUCACUUUUUGUAAUAAAAGUAUUUUGUUUUUGAAAUUACUUGCUUGAUUUUCAGCAUAACAGUUAAUGCCAUAUAAGAACAUGUCUUUUCCUUGAUCAAUGCACUUUUCUUUCUGACUAAUUUUGUUAAUUCAUCUAAAACCAUUGCCUUAAGAACUGACAAAUAUUCUAAUGCAGGUAGGUAAUGGCUUCAGCUGAGUUGAUAGGAUGAAAAAAAUAAUAUACAAAUUAUUAAAAUAAUGAAUGUUCUAAGUUUGGUGCAAGUGAUAUAACUGUGCAUAUAACUGCUCUGUGAAAGUUGCUCUUGAAGAGCUCUAACUGCAAAUAUAUAUAUAUAUAAUAUACGUCACAAUAUAUCUCCUUGUGAUUUACCUAAGAUUUACUGCCAUCAAACAUUACAAUUAUAUAUUACAUAAGUAUUUAUUUCAUUAGAAUAUUAUGUUGAUAUUUCAUUGUGAUGUAUUUUUUGCUAUAAUAAUAGUAAAUUAAUUUUUAGUCUAUUUACUGUUAAUUCAAUAUUUGUGUUAAAUAUUUAUCACAUGAUGUGCCUAAAGUAGUCCAAGAGUAUUUGUUGUCCUAAGGUGGAAAUGGUUGUAUGCUGUAGUGUGGAAGAGAAUGAAAUUGUACUCAACAAGGUACACAAAAUGAACAAAUUGUGAACAGUGUGUACAUACAUAUCAGUAUAUCUGAAAAGAAUUUUUUACACUAAAACAUUUCUUGUGGCAAGAGAUUAAGUGUUUUCUGAAAUAUUCAUUGUGCCAUGCACAUGCGCAAUUUUGCUUUUCUUCAUAAUGUUGUAUAUGAUAAUUUAAUGAUAUCUUGUGUUAGAUCAUAAAAUAGCUGCUGUCUGUACAUUACAUGUUGUAAUUGUGUUAUAACUUACAAAGAAAAAAUUCCUGAUAUUACUUGUCUUUGUUUUUCUUUGCAUGGAUAAUUUUAAAUGGUCAUCAAUUCUCAAAAUAUUUUUGUUAUUUGAGAAUAAUCCAAUAGAAACCCCGUUGCAUUCAUAGAAACUUAUCAUUUACUCCCAGAAUGUAUCUUGUACAAUAAAGGUUUCUGUGACUUGUAGAGACA